UUGGAGCCAAGUGUUUGACAAUUUGGAGCGUCAAUUAGCCAGGCCUGCUGUGGUCUACUACGCCCUAGAAACUAUAAAACCUUUGAGUCGAUCCAACCCAAUGCAUAUUCAGUUUUUGGACUUUGUGACAGCAGCAAUCUCCUUGAAAUGCAGCAUAUGUUGGUUCUUGUAUCCCUGGGAUUGCUGGCCAGCGUGGCAGCCAAGCCAGCUGUGGAUGCCGCGUUGUUUCCUUCGGCAGCUCCUUUUGGCCUUUAUCCAGGAUCAGCUGCUCCUUUUGCAGCUGCCUAUGCUGCUGCUCCCUUUUCCGGCGCUCCUUUGGUUAAUCCUUUGAGUGCCGCCUUUGGCGCAUCUCCUCUGGCCGUAUCCAGCAGCCAGCGCUUGGACUACUUCAACCAGUUUAAUGCCGCCUUUGCUCCGACUGCUCCUGCCCGCAUCCUGGCUACUGCUCCAUUCCCUGCUCCCGGCGCCCGACUCAUUCAGCCAACUCGUUUCCUUGCCCCUGCGGUGUCGGCACCAAUUUUCUUUUAGAAAUUCAUAAAAUUCUGCCUU